CAGCUGCGGUAUAAAAGCGCUCGCGCUACACUGCGCCCUGCGCCACCGUCACCGCCACCGCAGUCGCCAGCGCCAGCGCAGGGAUGAAGCUGCCAGAGUGGUACUGGCUGAGCUCAGCGGUCCUCGCGGCUUACGGAUUCUUGGUGGUGGCAAAUAAUGACACCGAGGAAAUCCAAGACGACGAAAGGGCAAAGGCCACCUGCCCCAUGCGACUGGAGAGCAGUGGCAAGUGCAGCGAGGCCGGCGGGUGCCCCUACCAGGUGAGCCUGCCCCCGCUGACCGUCCAGCUCCCGCAGGCGUUCGGCAGGAUGGAGGAGGUGCUCAAAGAAGUCCAGAACCUCAAGGAGAUGGUAAACAACCUCAGGAAAGCGUGCCAAGACUGCAAGUUACAGGCGGACGACAACCGAGAGCCAGGCAGGAAUGGCCUGCGGUUCCCGGGCACCGGCGCCGCGGGAGAGGCCGGCGACAACAGAGUGGAGGAACUGGAGAGCGAGGUGAGCCGGCUGUCCUCGGAACUGAAGAACGCCAAGGACGAGCUCCAUGUGCUGCACGGGCGCCUGGACAGCCUCAGCCUCCCGAACAUGAACAGCAUCGAGAACUACGUGGACAGCAAAGUGGCAAACCUGACGUUUGUUGUCAACAGCUUGGACGGCAAAUGUUCAUCCAAGUGUGCCAGCCAGGAGCAAAUCCAGUCCCGGCCCGUUCAACAUCUGAUAUAUAAAGAUUGCUCUGACUACUAUGUAAUAGGCAAAAGAAGCAGUGAGAUCUACAGAGUUACACCUGAUCCCAAAAAUAGUAGCUUUGAGGUAUACUGUGACAUGGAGACCAUGGGGGGAGGCUGGACAGUGCUGCAGGCUCGUCUGGAUGGAAGCACCAAUUUCACCAGACCAUGGCAGGACUACAAAGCAGGCUUUGGAAACCUCCGACGAGAAUUUUGGCUGGGAAAUGAUAAGAUUCAUCUUCUGACCAAGAGUAAGGAAAUGAUUCUGAGAAUAGAUCUUGAAGAUUUUAAUGGUGUCAAACUAUAUGCCUUGUACAAUCAGUUUUAUGUGGCUAACGAGUUUCUCAAAUACCGCUUACAUGUUGGGCACUACAAUGGCACCGCUGGAGAUGCCUUACGUUUCAAUAAACACUACAACCACGAUCUGAAGUUUUUUUCUACCCCAGAUAGAGACAAUGACCGCUAUCCCUCCGGGAACUGUGGACGAUACUACAGUUCAGGCUGGUGGUUCGAUGCAUGUCUAUCUGCAAACUUGAAUGGCAAAUAUUACCAUCAAAAAUAUAAAGGUGUCCGUAAUGGGAUUUUCUGGGGCACAUGGCCUGGUAUGAGUGAGGCACAACCUAAUGGCUACAAGUCCUCCCUCAAAGAGGCCAAAAUGAUGAUUAGACCUAAGCACUUCAAGCCCUAAGUCAUUAGUGCCAUUUCCUCAGGCCUUCAGUAUCUAGUAGGGCAAUGAAUUCCUUCAGCACUGUGGAAUACGCCUUAUGUCCUGUCUCUUUCCCAUGGCUGAAAUAUUAUCUCUGAGUAGUAGGUUCUUAUGCUACACAACUUUUGAAAGAAAGCUGAAAAAUAUUCACUUUUUUAAGACACAUUAGUUGCUGACAUUUCAAGGUAUGCAUACAGCAAUAGGAAAUAUUGUGAAUUAUACAUUAUAUUUGUAAUCCUCUUAAUUUCUCUUAAUUGAAAAGUUAACAUGUGUAUUACUUUCAACAGUUUUAAAAUCAAUUGAUUAUUCAGCAAGCUAGAUUCUACACAAGCAUUCUCUGUCUUUGGACUAAACUUGCACAUUUGAAAAUAUAUAACUCUCUGAAGUCUAUAAGUAGUUAUUUGUGUAUCUGUCUCUAAAUACUGUAAUCUUCAUUCUGAGAGAAUCUUACUCAAUUUAUUGCAUUUACUUUGGGUCAAAAAGAUUUUACAGCAUUUUAAUUCCCAAAUGGAAAAAAUACGUAUAAUUAAACCUAUUCGUGUAAUUUUUAAGAAAUGUAAAAUUUGCAUUAAAGCUGGGCGUGGUGUUCAUGCUUGUAAUCCAGCGUGUGGAGGCUAAGGCAGAAGGAUAAUGAGUUUGAAGUCAGCCUGGGCUACAUAGUGAAAGCUUAUCUCAAAAAAUUUCUUAAAAUGGCCAUAAAAUUACCUUAAAACGUGGUACCACAAUGUCACCUCUAAAACAUUAGAAAAUAAUGUAACCAUAAUGACCUUGCUAUUAAAGGUGAUUCACUCACAGUUUGUACAUGGUUAGCUGUCUGAUAGUAAAAACUGCUUUAUCAGAAUUGCUCAAUGCUGUCCUAGACUACUGGUAGGCUUUCUUUUGGGUGUAUAGGGGUGGUGGAGAAAGAUGCAUUUAUUUAUACUAUGAAAGCCAGUUUUAUAUCCAAAGCAAUAAAAAUUAUUAAGUGAUGCACUUCAUAGGAAGCUAAGUUUUCUAUAAUGAAUAAAUUUAUUUAUUAAAAAUGUGAAAAUUUAAAUAUUAUACAUUCAACCCUAACUAGUGGAUUACUUAUUUUAUGAUCAUAAUUUCAAAGAUAUGUGUUUUUUUUUUUUAGCCAAAUGAAAGAACCUGGAAAUUUUAUAAUUCAUUAGUUCUGGAAUGCUAAGUAUCAUAUUUAAAAAGGUUCUAAAAAUGAUGUGUUUAAUUUCAUCACUGUACAAAGGGAUCAUAUCAAUGAUAACAGCAGUAUUGUGCUGCACACUUAAAAAUGCCCCAGUAAAAUUUGAAGUAAUUCACUGUUCUACAUGCCAGUCAAAGCAACAGAUUUGAUAUUUAAUUUCUAGUGUUUAUUCCAAGCAUACUAACCAAGUUUUCAUCUUUGCCCAUUUUUUGAAAAUGAUAAAGGAGGACAGUUGUUUAAAAGACUAUAACAAGAUAUUCUUUUAAAAAUAUAGAAUGCAAAGUUUUCAGGUAAAUAUAAUGAAAAUUAAGUUCUCAUGAAUACUAUAAAACAUUAGCGCAAGAUAAACGUAUGCAGAAUUACAUAAUGACUUAAAUGUAAAAUAGUAUAGAUUUUGAAGGCUGUAUACCACUCAGUGGGAUACUAAAUGAAAUGUUAUAAAUGAUACAAUUUCUCUUUUGUGCUUUUUUUAAAAAGAAGCUAAUAUUUGGAUAUUAUAUAGUAUAUUUGUUUCAGAUAAGAGCAUUUUCAUGUAGCAUAGGAAAUCAUUAAAAUAUGUAUAAGUUUAAAUUUCUGUGAUAAAAAUGGACUUAUCACAAAUAGAGUUCUUAAAAGAUAUAUGCUCAUUGAUUUUUAUGGGUACUAGAUACCACUUAAGGGUAAUUUGGCAAAUAAAAAUUAAUCCACAUAAAUAUCUUCACACAUUAUUUUAAAGAAUCAAAAUGUUAUUUUCUAUUAUACUUUUAUGACAUUUUUCUAAUAAAUUCUAUAGCACAGAAAUUUCUCUUGGGAAUCAUUGUAUGUCAUUCAUUGUAGUUUUUGAUAAUCUUCAACAUGUUGAUAGAAAUAGAUUAUAUCUGAGAGAGUCCUUUGUCCUAACCUCACUAUUCACUGGUACUUGCUCAUGUUCAUAAAUGUAGAGGAUUUACAAGCAUUUUUUUGAGUCUUGUCUUGGUCUCAUUUUGCUAGUGAAUAUUUACCUUAAUUAAAACCUUAUUUCUGAAUAUUAUCAUUCUUUAAAAAUGUUGACUGAAACUAAUCCUUGGAAAUUCUGAGUGGAGUUGAUUUAUCUAUCACUGAGGAGGGAAAAAUGACAUGUUACUGAUAAGCAAGAAGACUCCAAGUGGGUUAAAGGCACAUGCAGCCAACCAGAGUUGAAGUGUACAAAGCAUAAGAAAUAUCUGAGCAACAAAAUUUUUUUGUCCUUAUUUUUGAGUAGCUCUCCAAGGAAAGACUUUGAAGGUCAAGGGGAAGGGUACCAUUCCAAUAAGCUCCUGUUUAAAAUCUUUUAUGUGUAAUUAGGGUUAUGUUUCUGUCUUUUUAAAACCUUAUAAAAUUAAAGAUUUAACCUUCAUAUCUGUUUGUUCUUCAA